GAGUUCCAAAAAGUGAUCACGAGCCCGAUGUGCUUUAGCCAGGUCGGAUGUCAUCAUGCACUUAAAAAGCUGGGAUGAUAUGAAAGAAAUGGGAGACGGUGCAGCGUUUUGCGACAACCACACAAGCGCUGAGCGUGAAGCGGACAGGUUUCUCGCGUCAGCCAAGUCACAUCAAGGUGACCUCUGGUUGUCAAGGCGACCGACUAUUUGAAGAGAAAAUUUGGUUUUCAUUUUUUUGGGGGAGCUCACAAGAGCGUAGAAUCUCGUCUCUUGAUUCUCGCAUGGCUAAUAAAGUGAAGUUUGUUUGUCACUGAAUACUGGAAUCAUGACCGCUCCUUCCUCGGGCUCACUUUGCUCUCUUCUGUUUUCUCGGUUACCGAAUUUGAAAAGAGAAUUGGAGCCGCCACUCUGAAUUGGAUCCUUUUUUAUUUUCUCCCUCCGUGUUGUCUGGCUCUUUUGGUUGUUGACUGUGUGUCUUCAGACGAGCUUUUGGCAAGUUUCAUGUCGUCAUUAAGCUGGCUAUAUAAGAAGGUUUGAUGCUUUUGAUUCAGGAGUCCAGUGAUAGCUGCCCUGCCACUCAGUCCAGGUCUCAAUAUUUAGGAACGUGGAAUUUUCUUCGCCAAGUCGGCUCUUCUUUUCGCCAAUUUCUACUCGGCCGACCCAGUCGUCGCCGUUGUCGUGAAACUACCAGCAAAAACAGCAGUAUCAGUAGUAAAUCUACCAUAAUGACGGUGGCGUCAGAGAGAUCAGAACGAUCAGAGAGAUCCAUUGGAGGAAGUGGAAGCAAUCGAACUGUGACGGGUCCAGUUCAGACCCGCGUUUUGUUGCUCAACGAUGGCGAUAAUACGGAGCAUAUCCUUUAUCGACUCCAAAAAGGCUGGAAGCUUCAGUUCCGUCUAGGGCCAUCGUUGCUAGGCAGAAGGAUUCGCCUGUACGUGAACCACCCGGUAGCGGAUGAAGAUGGAAAUGUAGAAUUCUUCGAGCGGACUCAAUAUCGUCAAGUUGAGUGGCAACAUGAUAGUCGCAACAAGGACGACGACACUGCCGUUUAUGCCGACAUCCCGACCAUCGCACCCGGAUCUUAUCACUAUUAUUUGAUCGAUCAUGAAAGCGAGGAUCCGAAACCCUGCGGUUCCGGCUUCUUCCUCGUCGAUCCCGUUCUCACCUACGGCUAUGACGACGAGAUCUUGCCAAUUGACUGUAUUCAUUGCCAAACGGUCCUCACCAAAUGUCUGGGUCCAUUCAGCCAAUGGGAGGAUCGACUCAGAGUUGCCAAAGAAUCCGGUUACAAUCUCAUUCAUUUUACUCCAGUUCAGGAAUUGGGGGGCUCAAUGUCUUGCUACUCCCUAAAGGAUCAGCAUCGUUUCAAUCCCAUGUACUACGAUGAAGGACGAGAGUAUACCAUGGAGGAUGUGGCCAAAUUGGUCCAAAAAAUGCGCAACGAAUGGAAGAUUCUCAGUAUCAGCGACAUCGUCUUGAAUCACACCGCCAACGACAGCCCAUGGCUACAAGAGCAUCCGGAGAGCACUUACAAUCUCAUCAAUUCGCCUCACUUACGCCCUGCUUACUUAUUCGAUCGACUCCUCCAUUACUUGGCCGUCGAUAUUGGAGCUGGUAAAUACAACGAUCGAGGCAUUGAUACUAGCAUCACCAACGAAGAUCAAAUUGAGAAUAUCGGUCGACUGUUGCGAGAACAACAAAUCCCGUCGCUUCGCCUGCAUGAAUUCUUCCUUGCCGAUGUGGAAGCUUUGGUUGCCGAAUUCCUGGAAAUGAUGGACGAACGUUUGGCCCUGAAUGAAAUCCCAGCUCUUUGUGCAUCCGUCUCAUUGAAGCUCAUCCAGGAUCCUCAGUACCGACGUUUCAAGACAACUGUGGACAUGGAUACGGCUUUGGAUUUAUAUAAUACUCCCAGGAGCGAAGCCUACGACGAAGAGACUCGUCGUCGAAUCAGCGCCGACAAAUUCCGUUCGGCAAUUGAGCAAUUGAAUGGCGCCAAGUAUAACGAGAUUGAGAGCCAUUUGUCAUCGGCCGUGAACAACAUUCUUUCCGCCGUUCGCUACGAGAGGCUCCAAUGGGAUGGCCCGAAACUGAAACAAGUGUCUGCCCAGCAGCCAUUAGUUACUCCAUAUUUCUACAAAACGACUACGCACACUUUAGCCGAAGAGGAGGCAAUUAUGUUCACUCCCGAAGCAGCUUUUAUCAUGGCUCACAAUGGUUGGGUGAUGAACGACGAUCCCCUACGUAACUUUGCUGAACAGGGCUCAAACAUCUACAUCCGUCGAGAGCUUAUCGCUUGGGGCGACAGCGUGAAAUUGCGCUAUGGAGAAAGGCCGGAAGAUUCCCCUUACCUGUGGGAACACAUGCGUCAGUACACCGAAGAAACGGCCAGCGUGUUCCAUGGCAUCCGUUUGGACAAUUGCCAUUCAACCCCCAUUCACGUUGCCCAGUAUUUGCUGGAUGCCGCUAGGAAAGUGCGCCCGGAUCUCUAUGUCAUCGCCGAACUGUUCACUAACUCUGAUCGCACUGACAACAUCUUUGUUAACCGUUUGGGCAUUUCAUCCUUGAUCCGCGAGGGAAUGUCGGCUGGCAAUAGCCACGAACUCGGCAGACUGAUCCAUCGAUUCGGUGGUGAUCCUGUUGGAGCGUUCAUCCAGCCCUUGGCUCGUCCUCUCCAGCCAUCCAUCGCCCACGCCAUUUUGUUGGAUCAAUCGCAUGACAAUCCUUCGCCUGUUCAGAAGCGAUCCGUCUACGAUUUACUACCUAGUGCAGCCCUUAUCAGCAUGGCAUCGUGUGCCACCGGAAGCAAUCGUGGUUAUGACGAACUCGUUCCACAUCACAUUCAUGUGGUGAAGGAAAGCCGACUUUAUGCUACCAGCUCCGAGUUGCCGGGCCCAUCUAGCUCUUUGGAUUUUGGUAUCAUCAAGGCCAAACGUGCACUCAACGAUAUGCACUUGGAACUGGGCACUGCUGGCUAUUCGCAAGUCUAUGUCGAUCAAAUGACAACUGACGUGGUGGCUGUCACUCGUCACUGCCCAGUGACUCACCAGUCCAUUGUUCUGGUGGCUCAUACGGCAUUCAACCAUCCGGAUGAAGGCGCCCAGCAAGGAUAUAUAAAACCUCUAGUCCUGGAUGGACGCGUUGAAGAGGUGGUCUUAGAAGCUCAAGUUGUCCACAAAAACUUUAAUCAAGGAGGUUCCCGUUUCGUGUCUCCUAAUGGCCACAAACCGCAUCCUGGUCGGAUCAACGGUUGCGAUGAAUAUCAGUGCAAUGUCCGUCAACGAGUUAGAGUGGAAGAUUCGCAAAUGCUCAAACGGAUCAGCGAUGGUUCGUCGGAUGCAUCCGGCAAAACGGUUUUGCAUUUCCACGAUUUCUUCCCCGGCUCUGUUGUGGCCAUUAGAGUCAGUUUGACUUCAGAGGCUCAGUCGGCUGUUGUUCACCUUCGCAGUCUUCUCACUGGCUUGGCUCUUCCCAUCUUGCCUUCAACAGCCACAUCGCCAACGGUUCCCACCAGCGCCAACUUGGAAGACUUGCAACGAGCUCUUAGUUCCAUGACGCUGGUCGAUUUGAAUAUGGCACUUUAUCGCUGCCAUGAAGAGGAAGUGGAGGACGGCCGUCCCGGUUCCUACGUAAUACCAGGCAGCGGUCCAUUCAACUACUGCGGUCUCCAGGGUGUCAUGUCUCUACUGAGUGACAUUAGACCCAAAAAUGAUCUGGGCCACCCAUUGUGCGCCAAUCUGAGAGAAGGCGAUUGGCUGUCGGCUUACGUUGGCAAUCGACUUAUGCAGCAUACAGGAACGGCCGAGUUGGGACGUUGGUUGGAAACUGCAUUGAGCCCAUUAAGUAACCUGCCCCGGUUCCUGGUUCCUUGCUACUUUGAUGCCGUCAUUACAGGAACGUAUCUAGUUCUUCUGGAACGAGCCUGGUCGCUCAUGUCGAAAUUUGUCAACGAAAGUUCUACUUUUGUUAAAGCUCUGGCUUUAGGAUCCGUUCAAUUUGUCGGCCUAAUGGGCAAUGCUCGAUUGCCCGAAUUGUCGCCAUCUUUGGCACCACCUGUGCCCCCCAUCCGGAUUAGAAAUGGCCAGCAGGAACAAGCUUGCGCCACCAUCUCCGCUGGUCUUCCUCACUUUUCGGUCGGUUACAUGCGCAAUUGGGGAAGAGAUACGUUCAUCUCGUUGCGUGGUCUUCUGUUGUUGACUGGUCGUUACCAGGAAGCACGCUACAUCAUUCUGGCAUUUGGAGGUUGUCUCCGCCACGGUUUGAUUCCAAACCUGUUGGAUGGCGGUUCCAAAGCUCGUUUCAAUUGCCGUGACGCGAUUUGGUGGUGGUUGCAAUCCAUUUGCGAUUAUUGCCGUCUGGCUCCCAGGGGUCACACGAUCUUGGACGACGCCGUUACCCGUCUCUUCCCUGAUGAUGAAUCGCCUCCGUUGCCAGCUGGAGCCAAAAAUCAGCCGCUGUGCGACGUGAUGCAAGAAGCCCUUCAACGCCAUUUCCAGGGUGUAGAAUUCCGCGAACGUAAUGCUGGAUUCGCCAUCGAUCGCGAAAUGUUGGAUGCAGGCUUCAACAAUAAGGUCGGCGUCAGCGUCGAAACUGGAUUUGUUUUCGGUGGCAACGCCCAUAAUUGCGGAACUUGGAUGGACAAGAUGGGAUCAAGCGCUAAGGCCGGUAACAAGGGAGAACCAGCAACUCCUCGUGACGGUUCUGCUGUUGAGAUCGUUGGCCUUUCUCGCUCCGUCGUUGGAUAUUUGUGGGAAUUGUUUACAGCUGGAACUUAUCCGUACGCCGGCGUCGAGCGGGUUAACGAAGACGGAACUAAGACUCGCUGGACUUACGACGAAUGGGCUCGUCAAAUUGAUCGCAACUUUGAGCGACAUUUCUGGAUUAAUGUCGAUCCAGAACCAACGGCCGAACCCCAUCCUGAGCUUAUCAAUCGUCGAGGCAUCUACAAAGAUUCUUAUAUGGCAUCCAAACCCUGGGCUGAUUAUCAAUUGAGACCUAACUUUGUGGUCGCCAUGGCUGUGGCUCCGACCAUGUUUACACCAUCGAGAGCAUGGCAAGCAUUACAAAUGGCUCUUCAGCACUUGUUAGGACCAUUGGGCAUGGCAACUUUGGACAAUUCUGAUUGGUCCUACCGACCAGAUUAUUGCAAUUCGGACGAAGGAGAUGAUCCCAGCACGGCUCACGGUUUCAACUACCACCAAGGACCCGAGUGGCUCUGGCCAGUUGGUUUCCUACUCCAAGCCAUGCUUUAUUUCGCUCCAUUGGUCGGCGGAGUCUCCGAACUCAGAAAAACCAUCCGCAAAGUCAAGUCUAUUUUAUCGCGCCACUUUGUCGAAAUUCAACAAUCGCCCUGGCGCUCACUUCCCGAGCUUACCAAUAAAAAUGGCAAAGUCUGUAAUGAUUCGAGUCCAGCUCAAGCCUGGUCUAUGGCCACCAUUCUCGAGGUUUUGCAUGAACUGGACAAUAUCGAACAUAAACAGAAACUAAGCAUCACCGCAUUGUGAACUUAGAAUUGUGAUUGAAUUCUUUUGUUGCCCCGGGGUCCUUAGUUGCUUUUCAGAAUUCGAAAUAUACGCAGUUCUAUUACUAGGGAAAAAGAAGAAGAGAGUAGUUUAAACUUAUGUUUCCCACCUUCAGCCGCACCCGUACAUUAUAUUAUUAGCGUUUUCCCACUUCAGCGCAUGUGUUGUUCUUCCACAAUUUUAAAAACAUUUUUUGUCGAUUUAAUUAUGUUUGUUAUUCACUUGGUGGAGAAUUCUAUUAUGCCGCUUUCCAAAAGCAGUGUUGUAAUUUGUAGCAAUACACGGCGUCAUGCCUGCUAGUGAA